AGGAAGCCCCAAGAUGGCGGCGCGGCCGAGCGGCGCGGAGAGCCGGCCGGUGUCGCUGCCCCUCUCGCGGAUCAGGGUCAUCAUGAAGAGCUCGCCGGAGGUUUCCAGCAUCAACCAGGACGCGCUCUUCCUCACCGCCAAAGCCACGGAGCUUUUUGUUCAGUACUUGGCUGCAUACUCCUACAAACAUGGCAGAGGCAAGGAGAAGAAUGCUCUCACUUACAGUGACCUGUCUCACACUGCAGAAGAGUGUGAGACCUUUCAGUUCCUUGCAGAUAUCUUGCCAAAGAAGAUCCUUGCUAGCAAAUACCUAAAAAUGCUUGAAAAAGAGAAGCGAGAAGGAGAAGUGAGGGAAGAUGAUGAGGAGGAUGAGGAGGAAGAGGAUGAAGAUGAACCUGUUGAUGAAGAUGCUGGAUCUUAAGACCAGCAGAGAAUUGCUUUGUAGCUGAUCCAUUUUCUGUUGUAUAAAGGAUGGUAUUUUUGUGACUGAGGAUCCAGAUGCUGGAUGUAUUUAUGCACUGAGCCAUCUGCUUUUGCUUUGUUUGAGAAGUCUAGAAAUGGAACUUCAUACUUGCUGAAGAGUGGAAUUCCUCCCUCAGAGCCAUGAGAAGAGUCCAUGUCAACCCCUCAGCAGAACUUGCUCAGAUAAUUUAAAAUUACUUCUUCAGACAAUCAUUAUCCACAUUUAAAUUGGUUUUUUAUGAGCAGCUUUCAGUCCAGAAGCUCUUUUGCCCUCUGACUAGAAGCCAGUCCUUCCCUAGUUGGUGUUUUUCCUCAAGAGUGGCAGGUGAGGUGAUGAGGGGACAUGGUGCUUCACACAGUCCCUGCUGCCCUCAGGGACUCUCCCUGGGGAGUCAGACCCUCUCCAGGGCAUCAGCCAUGGACCAAGCCCACUCCAAACAUCCUCUGCAAGGCAGCCUGCAGAGCCAGGUUGGCACAGAGCAGGGGGUGAGAUCCAUCCCACCAGCUCCUCUGGGUCUGUGGCUGCAGGGGUGAAAAGCACAGGUGUUAAGACAACCAUGUCAGUAUGUGCAGCUAGAACCUUCUUCCCCAGUGAUCUCCUACCUCUGCAGUUUGUCCACGGUGCUCUGCCACAGCUGCAGUCCUGUUAAAAUUUGGAUCAUUGAGAAUGAGCAACCGUUCCACCCCUGAGUGACAGAGCUGGAUUUUUCAUUGGGAUUGUUUUGGGAUAUUUUUUUUUUUUUUUUACUACAGAAAAGGUCACCGUCCUGUGUAGAACAUUAUAUGCAACUUUUUAAAAUAAAUGUUUUGUAUGAAAAGUGA